AUGGCGUGCGAGUGGCCAGCUGUCCGACUUGUAGCCCUUUGUCGAGAUUCUGUGUGCUUAGUCCUGGGCUCUUUGGAGCAGCCUAUGGCUGAGGCUGCAGCAUCUAGUCCUUCUGAAGAUCUUACUGAAGGAGUCCCUAGCAAUGUAGACAAGGAAUUAGAAAAAAUGAUAGACGACAUGGAACAAGUAUCAGUGCAGUUGACCUGCAUGGUGACUGACGUGGUUAUUCUUCGCACAAACCCUGAAGUCAUGAGGUCAAUGAAGAAGCUGGAAGACGGAUAUUUGAGAUGCAAGUCGAGUAUAAAGGACACACAGCAGAAAAAUGUGGAGUGCAAAGCAAGCAUGUCUGCUUGCAAUAUAAAUCAGGCAAUGGAUUAGAAAUGGGCCUUUAAAGAGUAGUCCUGAAUCCGUAGAUCUGCUUUAUUACUGGAUUAUUUAUAGUCCUUCUGUAUUGGACUCUUCAGUUCCCAUUGAAAUGUGUCAGUUAUGCUCUUCUUCAGCCAGCUGUAAACUUUACAGUGUCACUUUUACUGUCUCUGGCAGAUUUAAGCAGUUGCUACUGACGUUUAUGAAAAGUGCUUACAGUUACCAGUAAGCGAGUAAGAGGAGUACUGCGUGUUCAUGACAAAGCAUUUCUGAGUAAAUACCAGGUUGACGCCUUGUUGUGUUCUUUGUGUAUAGACUGUGAAUAUUGUCUUUUAUUUGAGUUUCAUUAAACUGCAGUUAAUUUAACUCCAAACCCACCAUUUGUUAAGUCUGCUCAU